CCAGAUUCCAGGAUCCGUAUUUGCGGCGCAGUGAGACGUCGGGCAACUCGCAGGCCCUUCCCAAAUAUCUUCCCCUUUGGUUCUUUUCCUAGAGUCGCAGUUGCUCCUUUUGCCUUCGGUUCUUGUUUUUGUUAUUUUUUUCCUCUUUUCUUUGGCGACUACAACACCAUUCGGCAAUCGCUGGGCCACUUUCGGCGCAGCUCGCAUUCAAGCACGGCAGACGGCGAGACGAUACGAAUCCGCUUCCCGCCCUGACACCUGGCAAUUAGCUCUGGCGCGCAUGAUGCUUGAUUCGAGACCCGGCGAGCAUACAUCGCGACUGUGCUAGCGCAUCGCGCGCCGACUCUGCACGCGAGACCAAUCGGCAACCACGGCUCGGGUUCCGUUCGACUCCCUCAACAUGAACGAGAACACGCCGCAGUCUUCGCGUCGGGCCCCUGCUCCCGCGCCGAAUCAGCCGCAAUCAAUCCCCCUCCAAGAACUACAGCGACCCGGGCAGGCCGACGGGCUUCGAGGGGCGAGUGUACCGGCCGGUGCUGGAAGCGGUGGGACGGCUGAGGAGGGAUGGCAGCAGCAUUCGGGGCUUGGAAGACACAAUGGAGCCGGGGAGCCAUCGUCGCCCAUCAUUAUGUCGGCAAACCUGCCUGGUUUAUCGUCAUACUGGGAGCGUCAUGAUCCGCAUGGCGACGACCCAGCGAGUGCCACUGGUAGUGGCGGCAUCUCGCCCAUCGACCGCAUGGGCUUGCAGUUUGCCCUCCCUCCCGACAUACACCCUUCCACUUCCUCGCGUAUGGGGGAGUACAUGACCUCCGCCGACGACCCCUACCGAACCCCCCAAGCGUAUUUCGAGGAGCGCGCCGAUACCGACUCCAUUGAGUCGGAUACAGUGCCCCUGAAGCCGGCAGCCCAACCCAUCAGUCGCUUGGGGCCCGGAGAUGGCGAGCCAUCGCCCAGGACCAGUUUCCAGACUGUAUCCGAUUUGGGAAACACACCCUCCCGCUCCCGGAGCGCCCAGAUGCUCGGCUUCAAUCUGGAAACCGGCUUGGCCUCGGAUCGCCAUCGCAGCUACGGAGAUCACCUCUCGCCCGUGGACCGGCGCCGGUCUCGGUCACCGUCGACAGGCGGGGCUCUGUCACGAGCAAGCUCCAUCAUGAGAGCCAUGUCCCAACGUGUCGUCAUGAUCAGCGGAGAGGGUGACCUAAUGGACCAGGCAAGUCGGGGAGACCGUUCGCGAUCACCGAGCCCCAAUGGACGCCAUCCUGCCGCUCCACCCGAGCCCAUGCUGGUUGAUACGUCGUACCCUUCUCAGACGUUCUCAACGCCCGCCGAGAAGAGAUCGGCUUCCGAUUAUUUUCAGCCGGAGCCACCGGUUCCUGUUCUUCGUCGGCGUGGGCCCCUCCCGAACCCCUUGAGGGGGAAUUCAUUGGGCAUAUUCCCGCCCGAUAACCCGCUACGAAAACGACUUUGUGACCUCCUGGUUAAUCCAUGGACCGAGCCGUUUAUCUUGGUCUUGAUCAUUGCGCAGACGAUUCUCCUCGCCGUGGAGGCUGCGCCAGACGUUUUCGUGCACGGAAAUGGCAGACCUGAGCGCUGGGGUUCCACCCGGAUCGAUUGGGCCAUCCUAGGUCUGUUUGUGAUUUUUACUCUCGAAAUCAUAGCCAGGAUUAUUGUCUCCGGGCUUGUGAUCAAUGCGGAUGACUACGCGCCGGUCGGGAGCAAGCGGAGAUUCAGAGAGAAAGUAGCUGAGCAGUACCGUGCCAUCUUCCAGCCACAGCGCCAAAAGUCAGUCAGACAGCCGCCGAAGGAGCAACAAUUCGUGCCUACAUUUGCGCGGUCAUUCACCAUGAUGCACGGAAUGGAGACCCAGAUCUCGCUCGAGGAGCAGCAGCGUCUCCAUCUCGCCCGGAGAGCGUUUCUGCGCCACGGGUUCAACAGGCUAGACUUUGUGGCCGUUGUUUCCUUUUGGAUAUCGUUCGUCCUCGGCAUCACCGGUUUGGAGAACAACCACCACGUCUACGUAUUUCGCAUGCUCAGCAGUCUGCGUAUCAUCAGGUUGCUGGCUCUGACAAAGGGCAAUCUCAUCAUUCUCAGAAGUCUCAAGAAAUCCGCUCCGCUUCUCGUUCGGGUGUCGUUUCUGAUGGGCUUCUUUUGGCUUCUCUUUGCCAUCAUCGGAGUCCAGAGCUUCAAGUCCAGCCUAAGCCGCCAGUGCACUUGGAUCAAUCCCGAAGAUCCCACGAAUUUCGACGCCUCGUUUACUCCAGACCUGUCGUUUUGCGGAGGCCAUGUGAACCUCACGACGAACAAGACGGAUCCGUGGGUGUACUCCUCCUCCCCAACGAGGAACCUGUCCAACGAGUUCCUCAUACCGGGCGCGAGCAGCGCCAAAGGCUUCAUCUGCCCUAGAGGAUCCAUUUGUCUUAAACAGGACAACCCCUUCAAUGGAACGGUGCACUUUGACGAUAUCGGGCACUCUCUGGAACUGGUCUUCGUCAUCAUGAGCGCCAACACCUUCUCCGAUCUCAUGUACUACACUGUGAGCUCGGACUUUUUGCCAGCUGCCUUGUUCUUCGGGGCCGGUAUCAUAAUCAUGAUGCUCUGGAUGACCAACUUGCUUAUUGCCGUCAUCACUUCAUCCUUUCAAGUCAUCCGAGAAGAGUCCAAGGCCAGCGCGUUCACGGCCGAGGAAGAACCCCCUAUUUUCCAGACAAGCACGGACCACGGCUUAAGGAGACAGUCGGCGUUACAGCGAAUAACCGAAACGACCUCUUGGGUCUGGGUUCUGGUCAUCGUUUACGGUCUCUUUUGCCAGUGCUUACGGAGCGCAAGCAUGUCACGAAGUCGUGAACACUUUAUCGAUGUUUCCGAGAUCGUCGUCACCAGUCUCCUCGACGUUGAGAUUGCCUUGCGAUUGGUGGCGGAUCUCCGCAGAUUCCAUCACAAGUAUCGUAACUUGGUCGACCUCGGGCUCGCCGUGAUCACUACCAUCAUUCUCAUACCGCCAAUCCGCAAUUCUGGCCAGACGUACAACUGGCUCACCAUCUUCCAAAUCCUCCGGGCCUAUCGCGUCGUCCUGGCCAUUCCUAUGACGAGGACGUUGAUCGAAUUGGUGCUGGGGAAUGUUACCGGUAUCGGGAAUCUGAUGAUGUUCGUCUUCCUCAUCACCUUUCUCAUGGCCAUCUUCGCCUCACAGCUGUUCCGGGGCCAGUUGCCCGCACAAGGUGAUGACGGCGAGUAUCUGAGGAUUCCGUUCAACACAAUCUACAACUCGUUCCUCGGCAUGUACCAGAUCCUUUCGAGCGAGAACUGGACAGAGAUUCUAUACAGCGUUACGUCCCACACGGUUCAUAUGCACACGGCGUGGAUCGGCGCCAUAUUUCUCAUUGGAUGGUUCAUCCUCUCCUACUUUAUUCUCAUCAAUAUGUUCAUUGCCGUCAUUCAAGAGAACUUUGACGUCGGCGAGGACAUGAAGCGCCUGGAGCAGGUUAAGGCGUUUCUGCAACGCAGGGAGCUGGGCACCUCGUCCAACCUUGCGCUGUCCAAAGUCUUCGGCUUCGGCAGAUCCCGGUAUCGGGUAGACCCGCUGGAUCACACCACAGGUACGGGAGUGGUUGACAUGCUCUUCAAGGAGGGUUUUGUGCGCGAGUUCCUUGACGAGCACUUGGAACAUCUGCAGGAGCCUUCGAAAGACAAGUCAUCGUCACAACGUCUCGGGGCAAUAGGCAAGGCUAACCUCGGGUUUCUGGCUGCUGCGCGGGAAAAGGUUCUCUCGAUAUUCCGCAGCCGGGAACCCAACCCGUUCUACUCCGACGUUCGAUUCGGCGGGCCCAUCGCGACUCUCGACCCUGCAGAGUUGGCUCGCCAAGCGGUGAAUUCCACAGCUGCCAGGCGUAAAGCGCAGAGAGAGUAUUUGAUGCGACACCCUAACUACAAUACUUCUCUCUUCAUCUUCAAGCCGCGGAAUCCUCUUCGGCGACUCUGCCAGAAGCUUGUUGGCCCCGGCCACGGUACCGAACGUUUCGAUGGUGUUCAGCCCAACAAGUAUGCCUGGUACACCUUCUCGGCCGUCAUCUACGCCGCCAUCGUGGCCAUGGUCAUCCUGGCUUGUAUCACUACGCCUCUGUACCAGAAGGAGUACUUCGACAAGCACACGUUCAGCAUUCUGAAUUGGUUUGUCUGGACCGACACGGGCUUUGCUCUCGUAUUCACCGUGGAGGCCGCCAUCAAGAUUAUCGCUGACGGCUUCUUCUGGACACCCAACGCCUACUUUCGGAGCACGUGGGGCAUCAUCGAUGCCAUCGUGCUUGUCACUCUUUGGAUCAACGUCAUCACGCUUUUUACCAACGCGGGGGCUAUCUCUCGAGCCGUCGGCGCGUUUAAGGCCCUCAGAGCGCUGCGCUUGCUUAAUGUCAGCGAUAGCGCCCGAGAUACGUUUCACUCUCUCAUCAUCGUCGGCGGCUGGAAGAUUCUUAGCGCCGCCUUCGUCUCAAUCUCUCUGCUAAUCCCCUUUGCCAUCUAUGGGCUGAACCUCUUCAACGGGAAGCUGGUGGCCUGCAACGACGGGGACGGCAUCGUGCAUUUGAGUGACUGCGUCGGCGAAUAUAACAGCACGCCUUUCAACAACGACUGGCCCGUGCUCGCUCCGAGGGUCGCCAGCAACCCGUUCUUCGACUUCGAUGACUUCGGGUCUAGCCUCUUCAUCCUCUUCCAGAUCGUGAGUCAGGAAGGGUGGACGGAUGUGUCGUUCGCUGCGCAAGCCAUCACCGGGAAGGGCCUCCAACCCCAGGGCCAACCGCCUUACAAGGCCCAGGGAAACGCGCUCUUCUUUGUGGUGUUCAAUCUCCUGGCGACCGUCUUCGUCCUCACUCUGUUCAUCUCCGUUUUCAUGAGAGGCUACACGGAACAGACCGGAGUGGCAUUCUUGACAGCCGAGCAGCGGUCCUGGCUUGAGCUGCGCAAGAUGCUGCGGCAGAUCUCGCCAUCCAAGAGCGCAUAUGACGACAAGAAGAACAAGUGGAAGAUGUGGUGUCACAAGCGGGCCAUUGAGAAGCGCGGCAAGUGGUACACGGCCAUCACCAGCGUCCUCGUCUGUCACCUGCUCCUUCUUCUCACCGAGUAUGACGCGGAGCCUUUAUGGUGGACGCUAGCCAAGGACAUAUUCUUCCUCGUCUUUACCCUCAUUUACAUUGUCAACGUCAUCGUCCGCAUCGUCGGCCUGGGAUGGACCCGGUUCCGGAGGAGUUCAUGGGACCUGUUCUCUCUUGUUGCCGUGACGGGUGCCUUCGCCACCUCGAUUCUCUUUCUCACGGACAGGAAUGAAGUCACAUAUGUCCAGCUACACAAGUUCUUCUUGGUAGCGCUGGUCCUCAUGCUCAUCCCGCGGAACGACGCUCUCGACCAGCUGUUCAAGACGGCGGCGGCCAGUUUGACGACGAUCGGCAGCUUGUUGGCGACGUGGCUUGUGUUCUUCCUGGUCUUUGCCAUAGCGCUCACGCAGACAUUCAGCCUCACGCGGUUCGGUAGCGGGGAGGAUGCCAACGUGAACCUCCGCACCGUGCCACACGCCCUCAUUCUGCUCUUUAGGUUCAGCUGUGGAGAGGGCUGGAACCAGGUGAUGGAGGACUUUGCGCAGAUCAAGCCUCCGUUUUGCGUGGAAGGCGAGACGUUCUUUGACAGCGAUUGCGGCAGUACCGCGUGGGCUCGGGUGCUCUUCGUGGCAUGGAACAUCAUCAGCAUGUACAUCUUCGUCAGUUUGUUCGUGUCGCUGAUCUACGAGAGCUUCUCAUACGUGUACCAGCGGACGAGCGGCCUGGCUGCUGUCGAUCGGGACGAGAUCCGGCGGUUUAAAGAAGCAUGGCGCAGCGUCGACCCAUCCGGAACGGGAUUCAUCAGUAAAGACGCGUUUCCGCGCCUCCUCGGCGAGCUUUCCGGCGUUUUUGAGAUGCGCAUCUACGACAAUGAGGACUCGGUGCGAGCCAUUCUCGAGGACGUGCGGAACGAGAACGAUGCAGCCAGCAUCCGACACGCAUCGCUUGUCGGCAAAAAUCAAUACCAUACGGGCAUCGAUCUGAAGAAGCUGAACGAGCGCCUGUCGAGAAUCGACGUGGCCAAGGUUCGCGCGCGCCGGCGUCGGUUCAAUAUCUUCUUCGAGGAGGUCAUGGUGUCUGCGGACCCGGAGAGAGGCAUCUCGUUCACCACGGUGCUGAUGUUGCUGGCCCACUACAACAUCAUCAACGACAGCAAGAGCUUACGGUAUGUGUGUUACUUUUUUCUUUGUAGAGCAUGGCAGGGGCUGACACGGCGACACACCAGAUUGGAGGAAUUCUUGCGUCGCAAAUUGCGGCUGCAGCGUGUCGAAGAAGAAGUCCGCAGGCGGAUCGUCCUGGGCUUCUUCGACAUGAUCUACUACUCGCGCCAGUUCAAGCGGCACUUGGAGACCAAGCGGGCCGGGCGCAUGACGGCCAUUCCGCAGCUCGGCAUUCCCGAGAUCUUGGUGGACAACGAUGAUCAUCAGUCCGAGGACGAUGAGGGCCGCAACAAGGACGGGCAACAACAGCAGCAACAACAACAGCAACAGCAACAGCAACAGCAGCAGCAACCAGCAGUAACCCGCAGCAGGGCCAAGUCGAGCGCAGCGGCCACCACGCUCGGCGGACAGGGCUCGGGCAGCUUGCUCUCACCGACAUUCACUCGGACACGAUCGCAGCACCGGAGCUGGGCGGGUCUCGGCGCCGACCUGUCGUCCUACGAUACUUCUUACGGACAUCCGCUAGCCGGGCCGCGGAGUUCCAGGCCGGCCGGCUCCUCGUCCUCGGGACAACGCUCGGAGGCGAACCACUUCAGCUUUGAACUGUCGGAGCCGGGGCUGGUGGCGGGCGACGACGCGGACGAGGCGACGAUCCUUGGGAAUCGCGGUAGCUCGGUUGAUCCUGCCGCCGUCAGGGAGAUGCUGGACGAUUCGGAAUGGGUAAAGAGCCUGAGGAGGAGUGCGACGAGGAAGAGCGGGGGGAGGAAGAGUGGGUGGGGAGGCGUAGGGGGCGGCGGUUUCAAGUGAGGAUCUCUCUUGGGAUGGGAUGGUGUUGUGUAACAGGUGGGGGAGUGGGGUAAAAGGGGGGAAAGGCGUAGUGAACAUGUGGGAUUAAUUGAGUUGUCGCAGGGCUGGCGUUU